AUGUUGCGGUUUGCACGAUGUUACUCUUUGGCUAGGACCAAAGUUACACGUAACAAAAGCACACCCUUUAGGCCGGAAUAUGCAUUGAAGUGCGGCCUGGAGAUUCAUACGCAAUUGAGCACCAGAAACAAGCUUUUUUCACAGUCCACGAACAGCACAACAUCUCUAGUAGAUGCACCAAACCAACACACCAGUUUUUAUGACAUAGCUCUGCCAGGAACGCAGCCGGUUUUAAAUAUGGAAGCAAUUUUGUUUGCCAUGAAGCUAUCUUUGGCAUUGGAGUCUCAGGUAAAUAGCGUGUCCCAGUUUGAUCGGAAGCAUUAUUUUUAUGGGGACCAACCUCAAGGAUAUCAGGUGACACAGCAUUACAGACCGUUUGCUCAAGGCGGGAAAAUAAACUUGUCCAAGGAACUGGAUGGUAUUGACGAAUUGUCGAAGGACAUUGGUAUUUUACAAUUGCAGAUUGAGCAAGACACGGGGAAGUCACACUACACAGAUACAGAGAAAGAUGUUAUCACUUUGGUUGAUUUGAACAGAUCGAACGUUCCGCUUAUCGAGUUGGUAACCAAACCAGAUUUCAGUGACAUUAAGCAAGUUAAGGCAUUUAUCAAGAAAUACCAGAAUUUGGUCCGCCAUUUGCACAUUUCCUCUGGAGACUUGGAAACAGGAGCCAUGCGAGUAGAUGUUAACCUGUCAAUCAAUGAGUUUGCUCGAGUAGAAUUGAAAAAUCUGCCCAACACUAGCUCCAUCAUUGAUGCCAUCAAGUACGAAUAUCAACGACAAGUUGAGUUAAUUACUGGAGGUGAAACCAGUUCACUGAUGGAGCCUGAGACAAGAGGUUGGACAGGUUCAUCUACGGUGAAGUUGAGAAGUAAAGAGACUACAAUUGAUUACAGAUACAUGCCAGAUCCGGAAUUGCCAUAUAUAAACCUUGCACCAGACGUUAUCAGUGGAGUGAAAAGAUUAAUACCUCAACUACCCGACGAUAUAAUGAGAAUGCUUAUGAACAAACCGUACCACUUGUCUUUGAAGGAUGCAAAGAUUUUAACGUAUAACAGUAACCAAAAUGACAUGUAUAAUCAUGAGGCAUUGAGAACGUAUUACCUGGACACCUUCUGUGAAUUUUCUAGACUCGUUGACAAAGACGGUAGUGCAAAAUUACCUACAAGUUGGAUUAUUCAUGAAUUUUUGGGUGAUUUGAAUAAGCUACAGAUUCCUUUGACCAAUGCACAAGAAAUUUUACCUCCAGCAGUUUUCGCCCAGUUUCUGAGACUAUUACAUGUGGAAACAAUAUCUCCCACUAGUGGCAAACUGUUGCUGUUUCACAUAUUGGAAAAUUUUAAGAAGAGCAAUUGCCAAGAUUUGUCUGUUCCGAAUUUUUCAAAAUUGAUCAAAAAAUUUGGAUUGCAUGCGAUUAAUAAAGUGAAUUCUCAGGAAUUGACAGAAUUUUGUAAUGAUAUCAUUGCACAGCAUACAGAUGACACGUUUAAACAGAACCUGGUCUCUGGUAAAAAGAAAACUUCUUUAAAAUUCUUAAUCGGACAAGGUAUGAGACAAAGUCAGGGACGUAUAAAGGCAAGUGAGUUCGAGAAAAAAUUCAAAGAGAUCUUAAAUAUUCAAUGGUAA